UCUCUCGGUGCCACGGAAGGAAGAACGAAACCGGAAUCGGCCCCGCCGCCGUCGUCGUUUCGCGAUCGUCGACGUCAGAUCGGGUAGGUAGACAGGCAGAGGAAGAGGAGACUGGAGGUGGUUAGUGCCGGACGCGACCACGUCGUCUCUCCGGGGGUGGGGAUGGAGCCGGAGCAGCGAGGACGCGCUUCGCGGGCGUCGUCGACGUCGAGCCUCGGACGCGAGGUCCGUUGCGGCUGUCAGUACUACCAGAGCGACUCGCUUCUGCCGGAACGACGUGCUCUCCUCGUCAGGCCGUCAUCCAGGACGAUGCAGCAGCCACCUGCGGUCCGCUGCAGCGAGCACGAAUAUGAGCCGAUCGCGCCACCGCCGCACCCGAUGAUGGCACCGGUCGUGCGGAUCACCGACACGGACGUGAUGCCCGUCGCCGACAGCGACGACAGCCUCGACGACCGGGGCCGACUGCCACUGCGACUGGAACUGGUCCUAGACGGCGAUAUAGUCCUCCCUCUGGAUGGCAAGAUCGAGGACAGCGCGAUGGAGGGUCGUGAACUUGGCGAGACCGGCGGCGACACCUCCGGCGAGGAACUGGAGCCCACGGCGCAGGAGCUCCAGGACAGACUCGAGGAACGGUUCCUCCAUGCGCCUACGCCGUACACCGAGUCCAGGACCGACGGCGAGGUCAAUACUAGUCAGCACUCGCCAUUUCAGGUAGACUCGUCGGUGAUGGAGGAGCUGCCACUUCGGCGCGGUGCUCGCGGUUUGCCCCAACGUCUGAAGAACCAGGCUGGCAAGCUGCGUUCUCGGCUCCGGGGUAUCCAGCGACCCGCGUUCUCGUUCCCGCAGAAACGACAGAAACCCGACAAAAAGAAAACGACAACGACGACGACGACGACAACGAGGCCGACAGCAGCGAGCAGCGGCAAAUCGGACAAAUCCCGUGCAUUGGAGAAGCGGCCUAGUCGAAUAGAGCGGAUAAGAACAUCCAUUUCUGAAAAGACGGGAAAAUUCAGCCUACCACUUGAACGCCCAAAGUUCGGCCUGCCCGACAGGUCCAAGUUUCAUCUACCGGAGAGACCAAAGUUUAGUUUCCCGGACAAGUCACGCUUCCAUUUGCCGGACAGGGCAAAGUUCAAUAUCAAGAAACCUAAUAUCCGUUUGCCAAGCGCGCUCGCUCGUGUCAAACGGCCGCCUACCUUACGCGAGCAGCAACAACGCUCAACCGAAUCUACGGCGGGGUCCAGGCGUAACAUUUUCGACUUUGCGACGAUACCACGCAUUUUCGACAGGCGCUCCAAAAACCGUGGCGAAUACGCGACGUCCUCGCCGAAAGAUUCCAGAGCGCAAUCGACGGAGAGUGCGACCUUCCCUCGCGCCCGGAAGGAGAGAACUCUAGGUACCAGAUGGACUCAGCGUUUUGGGAAUUCGGCUUAUGUCCAGGAUCAGGAUCGUCCAGAGGAUGAUGCAGCGGGGGCGAGUGACGGUUCGCCACCGUGGCAUCAGAGCUCGACGGAGGAGCCGCCGAGGCUGUCCGCCAGGACGGAGGAGGAGAUAAUGGCGGCGGCGCGCGCGAUUCCGUGGGAAGACACGAGAAAGCGGGCGCAGUACGAUGAGGAGGAGAUACAGUACAUGGAUUGCGAGCGGGAAUCCUCAGAGAUGUCGGAUCGGCAUCCCCCGCGACCGAGGAGGUCUCGCUUCGCGAGGCGGAAGGAAGAGGAAGAGCCGAUGGAGGUGAAUUCGCGAUUGUACGAGCAGGGAGCGAAGCGCCGAGGUGAAGUCGGCGAGGAUGGAGAUUGGCACAUGGACGAACCGAUCCCGAGAUCGCGAUCGUUGGACGAGGACGUGCCUCGAGUGCCGAAGCAGGAGGAAUAUGAGGGAACUUUCAUGGCGGUGGACCCGCGACGAUUCGUCCCACGUAAAGCGAUGUCCGAAGGAGAGCGGGAGCUGGAGGAGGGCGAAGAGGAACGCGAGCCUUCCUCGAUGCAGUCCGAUCGCGAGCAACAGGCAUCCAGCGGCAGCUCGUGCGAUCGCAGGCGUCGUGGAGUGAUCGAGGAGAUCGACUCCGACGAGUUCUUCCUGCGGGAGAGCGGCAUCAGUCAGGACGACGUGAACCUGGCCGAUUAUCUGGCCGAUGAGAUCCGGGACGCUCUCAGACCGGAAGUGGCCAGCGCCCUGCGGGACGACGAGCUUCCACCCGUGCCGCCUCGACGCCCUGUGAGAAUGCGAUCUCUCGGGAAACGCAAGGAAGACUCGGCGGAGUCGAACGAGGUGGCACCGCCAGCUAGGCCGAAGCGGGAACGCACGGCAGCGGCGCGACGCAGUCGAGAAGCCUCGAUCGCGGACGAGGUGUUUCGCGAGCGCACCAGGAGCGACUCCAGACACCGCGUGGUGUACCGGACCGAGGGCGACCAGCGGGAACCGGCGCAAGAGCCGCUGGACGACAUAGUCGUGGUGAAGCCGGCGCGAAGGAAAUCGAGGUCGUCGCAGCCGCCGAUGGAGACGUCGACGACGCCCGCCGUCGCUGUGCCCGACUCUGCUCCCGUUUCAGCCACGCCACCCGUCGCGCCGGUGCGCAGGAAGCGACCGCACCGAGAGACGAUAGCGGAUGGAAGAAACGGCGACGUGGCUGCGCCGAUCUGCAACGGUUACCACGAGGAGGCGACGAGGCCAGAAACGCCGACGCGACCAUCGCGAUCGCGGCAAGCUGAGGAAGACGUCAUCGCGCCUGCGACCCAGGAGGACCGUGAAACCUUCGACGGACGGUUGCAACCGAUGGAUUUCGUGCCGGAGCCGCCGAGGGGGACGUCGGUCGCGGCCGACGACGAUAGAACGUCGCGCGGGGCAGAAUCUCUGCCGGAAGCCGGUUUCUUCGAGGAGGACGUACUGCGGGACGAGUGCGCGGAUUCGGCGCGGGAUCUCUCCGGCUAUGCAAUCGUGGAGAAGCCGCCCAGGCCGCCCCCGCCGAGGCGGAAGCGUGACGAGUUCGCCACGGCGCCGCGACCAGUUCCGCCGAAGCGGCCUCAGCGCGCUUACAGCACCCUGGGGCCCAUCAAGACGAGAAGCACGCCCGUCGAGUCAGCGCCGUAUAUCGAGGUCGAUGCGGACGAUGUCGAGCACAAGGAGCUCCGCGGCGGCAAGGCGCUGAACAAGAUCCAAGGCCGUCCGCUGCCGGCGCCACCCAGGCCGCCAAGAGCAAGGAAGGAGCGCGCGAUUGUCCAACGGCCUCGCACUCCGCACGAAUUCGCGGAGGCAACGGAGAUAACGACGGCGACACAGACCGACCCGCUGCCGGACGAUGUGGUGAUUGAGCAGGAGGAAAUCACUCAAGCGAAGCUGAUAAUGACGCCUUCCAGGUCGGGCUCGCAGGUGUUGGUGUCGAUGGAGCGCAUACCCAGCCCGAGCGGGACAGGUACGCCUCCCGUGCCACCGUUACCGAUGCCGCAGUUGCUGCGUAAGGAAGAAGAAGAGGAAGAGUUGCGAGAGGACAUUCGAACAGCUUUCGACACGGUCUCGUUAACAUCGCCAUCGCCAAUACGCGAGACUGAUCCGAAGAACAAACACAGGUCAGCGCCACACCUGGAAGAGCGCGUCUCGGAGGAAGAGCCGUAUCCGCGGCCUCGGACGAAGCCGAGUCUACUGCCCGAGUCACUGAAAGUCAGUAGCCUCGAGGUGGGAGACCUGAAGGUUGAUCGACUGAGUGUGUCGCAGAUAGAAGCGCACAGGAUCAUGGCGUCCGAGGUAGACGCGAUGAUGAUCACGACGUCAGAGUUAAAGGGCGGCAGUUCAAUGGAGAGUAGCUUCUCGCCGGCGAUUAUCAGGGAACUGAUGGCGAUCAGGAGUCACUUGGAGAGCGUGGCGACUUCUCAGGCACAGGAGAGACAGCGCGAGAGCGAGAGGGAGUCUGAAAGCCACGAGACAACCGACAUUCCCACGACAGACGACGGCCAACUGCAGCAGGAAGAUCUGCCGGAAGCUGCCGAGCCCGGCGACGAGACCGUCGCGAGCACACCGGUGUCCACGGGAGGCGAGAAGACCGAGGCUGACGAGGACCAAAAGGUUGUUAAAGCAAACGUAGUAGAUGUCGAGGACAAAGAAACAUCCCGCACCCUCCCAGUCGCUCAAACCACAGAAUCCACACCCCCACAAACACUUGCGAUAGAGUUAGGGUCCGAGGAUGAAGACACGUCCACCACAUCACACUUGCUCACUGUUACUCAAGAUACUGAAGAUAAGUCCUUACGAAUUUUAGAUCCCGAACACUCCCUAGCUCCGAGUCCGCCGGGCUCCCACGUGGAAGAAUCUCGUGCCUCGUAUCCCACGUCGGAUGUGCCUUCGACUCAACCCUCCGAAUCGAGAGUGUCGCCAGAGCGGCUGGGCGAACCUCCGGACAGCUCUAUCCAGACAACUACCGCUACUACUAUUACUACUUCCGAGCCGACCUUGACGUCCACAGACCUGCGUGGUAGCAAGGACGACGUAUCUGACAGCGGAGGACAGACUCCUCGCAAGUCGAGAUCUAGGUCUUCCUCGCCCAGCAAAAGCAUCACGCGGCAAACCGCAUCCCCAGUCCGUUCAUUGCCACCAGCCAUCUCCGUGACUCCCGACACACCCGACACGUUUGUGCCAGGACGUGGUACACCUGCGGACGCCCAACCACAGCGUGCCACCAUUUCCUAUUCUUCGCAUACGGGCCGAAGUGUCAUGAAGGACGCUAAGCCGCAGCGUGCCGUUAUCUCUCAUAUUUCCGACGCGGAUUCAUCCCUCACGGAGGAGCAAAGGGAGUCCUCGCAGUCACCAGCACCCUCCUUUCCUCUAAGCUCGACUCACUUCAUCGCCUUCCCAGCCUCCGAGAUACCGGCCGAGUUCUUCUCCCCGAGUGAAACGCCAACGAGUCAGCGCACCGACUCGGAACCCGGUGUCAUGGACACCACGCAGCAGCUUCUACGCGCUCUCCGAUUGGCCGGUAUAAAAGCCAUGAGGCAUUUCGUCAGGUACUUAACGUCUACGCUAAGCACGGAGGACACGAGGGAAAAAGUCAGGGAGGUGGAACUGGCGAUAUGCGCCCUGUUACUUCUCAUCGCAGGCUUGUUGAUAUACUAUUUCGGUAGCACACAAACCGUAACGCAUUACCAUCACUGGGACUACUUUAAUCCUCCUCAGUAACACGUGGUUUUCACAAUCCAGUUUACCUAAAUCGUGUAUAGAAGUUUCAUACAUAGUUCAUUGGUUCAUAGAAAUUUGAAUUUCAUAUUCUUGUACAAAUCUGUUUUAUAUAACAAUUUCAUAUUGAAAGAAAUGAGGAGAGAAGGCGCACUUUAGGAUGCGGAAACGAAGAAUUAGGAUGGAAUUAAAGCUUCUGUACAAAUAUUGAAAAUAAAAUGAGAGAUAUCACGUUUGUAAAAA